AUGACGCGUCCGAAAUCAGAGGGAAGACCCAAUUAUUGUAUCCCACGCUGCCCGACACCCAUGAUUCUGUCGGUUCUGUCCCACCACCAUCACCCUCCUCCUUCUACUUCUAUCUCAUCAAAAGUCGCUCUCAAUCUCUCUAAAUCCCUAGAUAUGAUUAAGGAGUAG